AUGCCUUCUCUUAGAGCCACCCCCAUCGUUCUUGAGCUCCAGACCGUCAAGGACCAUGGGCUUCUCGUCUUAGCAGUAGUCGCAGUCGUGAUCGGCCUUAUCUACCGGGUUUUCCUAGCGCGCCCAUUCCACAAAGACCUCGAUCUUGUGGGAGAGAAGCCUGGACAAAGGCAUUUCAGCCUCUGGACAAGGCUCUCCUUCUACUUUAACUGCUCGGCUCUCUACCGUAAUGUCUGGGACAAGUUUUCCAAGCGGGGACUUCCCGUUGUUGUACCAACACUCGGCACACGUAAGGAGAUCUUCUUGCCCCAUAGCUCGAUGAAAUGGGCGCUGUCCCAGCCUGCCUCUAUCUUAGGCAUGUGGGAGGCGUUCAACGAGAUGUUCCAGCUGGGGCAUAGCCUAGGGGACGAGAAAUACAUGGUGGAUACUUGGCCACAUUUGCUCGCACGACACAUCCUGACGCAAGAGUUGGAGGACUACAUCCUUCCUGUGCACGAGGAGCUCCAACUGGCUAUCGAUACCCACUUGGGUGUAGACACGGAGAACUGGAAGACACUUGAUCUCCUGGAUACCAUGCGAAUGAUUGUCAACCAGACUGGUAGCCGAUUUGCUGUUGGUUUGCCGUUGUGCCGCGAUGAGGAUUACCUCCGAACCAUCAUGAACACAAUUGAUGGUGUUGUCGCCAAUGCGGGGGUCACGGGUUUCACACCCGAAUUCCUGCGCCCCCUCGUCGGCCCUCUCGUCUGCUGGAGCACGCGGUCCAAGCUCUCCAGUCUCGAAGCGCGAUACGAUGCCGUCUUCAAGGAGCGCAUUGCGUACAUGAAGUCCACCUCCGACGAGAGCAAUGACCCUCUUGACCUGCUGCAGAAGAUGCUCCGGUAUGCGCAGAAGAACCGGCCUGAGGAGCUCGAGACGAGCCAGAUGACGCGGCGGCUGCUCAUGGCCAACCUGGGCUUCAUCUACCAGGCCAGCUUCGCCAUGUCAAACAUGCUGAUGAACAUCCUCGGCUCCGAGGCGGCGCAUGACACAAUCGCGGUGCUGCGGCGCGAGGCCGAGAGCUUCCUCGCCGAGAGCGGCGGCGACGCGGCCAAGCUCUGGACGAAGCAGAACAUCACCCGCAUGGUGCACGCCGAUUCGGUGGCGCGCGAGACGCUGCGGCUCAACACGGUGCCGACGCGGGCCCUCGUGCGCAAGGUCAUGGUCGACGGAGUCCGAACCGACACCGGAGUCGAGCUGCCUCGCGGGGCCCUGGUGUCGUUCGUGUCGCAGCCCAUGCAUACAGACGAGGAGCACUUCACGGAUGCGGAUGCGUUCGACCCGUUCCGCUUCGUACGGCUGCGCCAGGAGCAGUUGGCGACGAAGGGUGAGGGCGGUGCGCCUGAGGCCGGUGGCAACUGGAGCCCGCACGCGUUCUUGUCGACGGCGAACCUGCUGAUUUUCGGCCGUGGACGCAACUCGUGUCCAGGCCGGUUUCUCGUAGACUUCCAGCUCAAGAUGUUCAUGUCGCACUUGCUGACGAACUAUGACAUCAAGUUCCCCGACAACUACCAGGGCCAGCGACCAGCAGCUCGCUGGCUGCUAGAGUUCGUGUUUCCCGCAAACGGAGCCAAGAUCAUGGUCAAGCGGCGGACAAAGCACUAA